AUGCCGCUGAUGCCAGGUCAGUCAGGCAUAUUCAGCAUGAAAACAGAAAAUCAACAUAAUUUAACGGGAUUUUCAAUUCUAGGUCUAACAGACACGCCACAACUCCAGCUACCCCUCUUCAUAAUAUUUCUUGUUCUAUACUUCUUAAUUAUCUGUGGAAACAGUACCAUUUUUCUCAUCAUUUUAUGGGACCCUCGACUCCACACCCCAAUGUAUGUCUUUUUGGUGAAUCUCGCAUUUGUGGAUAUCACCUACACAUCAUGCAUUCUACCAAAACUGUUAAAAAUGCUCAUUACACAAAAUAAAGCCAUUUCAUUUUUGGGGUGUAUAAUUCAGAUGUAUUUCUUCAUAUUUUUAGCCUGUACAGAAAUUCUCCUGCUUGUGGCCAUGGCGUAUGACCGAUAUUUGGCGAUAUGUCACCCCCUCCGUUACUUUAUUCUUCUGAGCUUCAGGCAUUGCGCUAUACUGAUUAUGAUCGCCUGGACCAUAAGUUUCCUAUCUCCCGUCGGACAUGCUGCUCUAAUAUCUCAGAUGUCCUUUUGUGCUUCUCAUAUCAUUAACCAUUUCUUCUGCGACAUGACGCCAUUGUUGAAGCUAUCCUGCAGUGACACAUUUACCGUGGAACUUUUGAACUACGUUGAAGGUACGAUAUUGGGCUUCUUUACAUUCUUGCUGACCGUAAUCUCGUAUGUAUUUAUAAUCGCUAACAUUUUGAAAAUCAAAUCUAAAGAAGGUCGUCUUAAAGCCUUCUCCACGUGUACCUCCCACCUCACCUGCAUUACUGUCUACUAUGGAACCAUUGUUUGUUUAUACGUGAGACCCAUAUCGAGCUAUUCUCCAAAACAAGACAAAUUUUUUUCUCUUCUGUAUAUCGUCUUGGUCCCCAUGGUAAAUCCUGUUAUUUAUAGCCUUAAAAACCAGGAUGUUAAAGAUGCCUUAAAGAAACUUAAGGAUAAAAUGCAAUUUUAA